AUGAUGCAGGGCGUAGGUGCUGCAGUUCAUACAGGAGCUGACGGAGCCCCAGUGGAUUUUGAUCUUGCUGAUAUUGAUAUAGAACUCGAAGAAGAAACAGAAGAGGUGAAGAAAGAAAUCAACGUCGUCCCCAAAUUUAUGUGGACUAAACAACAGGAAGAAGAUCUUUUGAAAGCGUUCAAUCUUCUCGAUCACACUGGAGAAGGAAAGAUCAAGGCUGACGAUUUUCGCGUCGCUAUUAAAGCAUUAGGCUAUGAACCGACAAAAGAAGAGCUGCAGCAUAUGGUGAAUGAAGUAGACAAGGGCCACUCAGGCAAGCUGAGCUUUGAGAACUUCUCAACUGCGAUCGCUCGAAAAGUGAUGUCUCGGGACUCUGAUGUUGAUGUCAUGAAAAGUUUUAGACUUUUCGACAACGACGAUGUUGGUCUCAUCAGUUUUGAAAAUUUAAAACGGGUGACUCAAGUAAUUGGCACUUAUUUAACCGACGAGGAAAUAGAGGAAAUGAUUGACGACGCUGACAAAGACUAUGAUGGAUAUGUCAGUGUGAAGGAAUUCAUGAGGAUGAUAAGGAAUGCAGUUAAAAUUGUCACUCCUUAAUUUGAAAAUAAUCAACGUCUCUUAAUAUACAAAUGUAAUUUAAUUUAUCUUUAGUUUACUGAAUAUUUCUUAGUCUUAUUGUUUACUGCAAUAAAUUCCACC